UGCGUGACCAUUCGAGCAUCUGCGAGCAGGCAGUCCACUUUUCCCUGCUUUUCUGCAGGACUUGAACGCAUCCCGUUUUUUUUUCGCCAUCGCUUCUUCUUGCGCGCGGACCGUGCCGUUUUGACAGCUCCACGCGCGCGGACCGACAGGAGCGUUUCGGUGCUGCUGACGGAUGAUGAGCCGGUCCGCGGAGACCCGCAGCCUCCAUCACGCACCUGUGCUGGAAGAAGCUCCUUCUCCUCUGAGCGGCAUCUCCCUCUUGGACUCGGCGCUUUGGAGCAGCUCCGCCGGAGGCUCCACAAUGAGCAGAUCUGGCUCCAGCGUUUCCACGCUGUGAAGGAGAGCGCUUCUGGAGCAGCGGGGAGGCUGAGGGUCUCUGCGGAGAAUCCAGGUCCCGAUGGAGCCGCAUCACGAGCCGGACGGAGGCUCAAGCGAUGCUGGUGCCGCGCAGGAGCUCGGGUCCCCCUUGUUCUCCUCUUGUGAGAACCUAAGCAGUCGUCAGGAGGAGCAGUCCACAAAGAUGAGGAGGAGUGACAACUACCUCCCUGUCCCUGGGGAGGAGAAGAACCAGGAUGGGAACCAGGACCACGCAAAAGCCCGGAACAACGAGUCUAUACCCAUGAAGACCCUCCACGCCGACGACGGCUCACCACUGUAUUCAAAAUUAGGUCCGUACUUCCGAGAUGGACACCGCCGGGUGGACUACAUACUGGAGUACAGCAUCCAAAAGCCCCACAGCACUCGGCGGCGCUCAUCCAAAUUUGGGAAUGACAACUUCUUAAGACGGUUACGGCGAAGCUUGAGCUCGCGAAGCAGUAAGGCUCCGCUGCAGCCAAAAGAGGACCCAGAGUUCGCUGCACAGGACCAUCAGGCCGACUACCAUGAGGAUGACAAGUCCAGCAAGCGCAAGGAGUUUGAGGAAAACCUUCACGAGGCUGGACUGGAGCUGGAAUGGGAUGAAGAGAACCAGAUCCCCGGAGUCGGCUUUUUGAAAAUUCACGCUCCCUGGGACAUUCUGUGUCGUGAAGCCGAGCUCAUGAAACUCAAGAUGCCGACUAAGAAGACCUAUGAGGUCAAACAGGGCAGUAACCUGGUGGAGAAGAUCCGACUCUUCAUACACAAAGCAACUGCUCCUCUUCACCCAAACUUGGACAGCAACCAGCAACCAGGGCUGAAACCUCUGUCACAUCCCUUUUCCAGAGAGAAGGAGCAUCUAUUUGAUCUGUCAGACAAGGACAAGUUCUUUGACAGCAAAACCAGAAGCUCCAUAGUGCAUGAGGUGCUGAAGAGGACCAAAUGUCAACGAGACAACUAUUCAAUGGGAAUCACCAGUCUGCUGGCCAACAGCAUCUACACAGCGGCUUAUCCCCCUCAUGACGGAGACAUCAACGGGAUGGACUUGAACGACAGACGGCGGCUGUAUGAGGAAUGGGCCAGUUACAGUGUGUUCUACAAGUAUCAACCUGUUGGACUCAUCAGGAAGUAUUUUGGAGAGAAGGUUGGCCUGUAUUUUGCCUGGUUAGGGGUGUACACACAGAUGCUCAUCCCAGCCUCCAUCGUUGGGGUGAUUGUGUUCCUGUAUGGCUGCGCCACCGUUGACAGCAACAUACCCAGCAUGGAGAUCUGUGAUCCCCGGAACAACAUCACCAUGUGUCCACUGUGUGACCGAGCCUGCAGCUACUGGAAGCUGGUGACGGCAUGCGGCACGGCGCGAGCCAGCCACCUGUUCGACAACGAAGCCACGGUGUUCUUCUCCAUCUUCAUGGCUCUCUGGGCCGUUCUUUUCAUGGAGCACUGGAAGAGACGACAAAUGAGGCUCAACUACAUCUGGGAUCUGACUGGUUUUGGUGAGGAAGAGGAGGAGGAGCAUAAGGAUCACAACCGGGCCGAGUAUGAAAUCCGGGUCAUGAAGAAGACCAUGAGACAGGAUCAGUCAGCUCCGAAGGAGGAGAAGGUGAAGCUGACCUGCACUGACAGAAUGCCGGCUUACAUGACGGCUGUGGCCAUGAUGGCCUUUAUGAUCACCUUGUCUUUUACCAUGGCCUUUGGUGUCAUCCUGUACCGGAUCAGCAUUAAGGCUGCCCUGCAUAUGAGCAGCGCCGCAGGGCGCUCCAACAUCCGAGCCACUGUCAAAGGCACUGCAGCCGUCAUCAAUGUCAUCAUCAUCAUCAUCCUGGAUGAGAUUUAUGCCAAAAUCGCCCGCUGGCUGACCAUCCUGGAGGUUCCAAAGACCGACAAGAGUUUUGACAAUCGUCUCAUCUUCAAAACCUUCAUCCUGAAGUUCGUCAAUGCCUUCACACCCAUUGUCUACUUGGCCUUUUUUAGGGGCAGACUCGUUGGGAGACCUGGAAAAUACCUGUAUGUUGUUGGAUCCUAUAGAAUGGAAGAGUGUGCUCACGCAGGCUGCCUCAUGGAGCUGUGUAUCCAGCUGUGCAUCACCAUGCUGGGCAAGCAGUUCAUUCAGAACAACCUGUUUGAGAUUGGCAUACCAAAGCUGAAGAAAAUGCUUCAGAAGAGGAAGAUGGAUCCCCAGGAAGAGGAGAAGCAAAAUAAAAUCCUCCAACGGCACCAGAAAGACCACUUACUGCUUCCGUUUGCUGGCCUCAACCCGGAGUACAUGGAAAUGAUUAUCCAGUUUGGAAUGGUGACCCUCUUCGUGGCCUCUUUCCCUCUGGCUCCACUUUUUGCUCUUCUCAACAAUAUUAUUGAAAUUCGCUUGGAUGCCAAGAAGUUUGUCACGGAAUUACGCAGACCAGUGGCAGCGAAGGCCAAAGACAUCGGUAUCUGGUACAACCUCCUGAGAGGCCUCAGUAAAGUGGCAGUCAUUGUUAACGCUUUCGUCAUCGCCUUCACCUCUGACUUUAUCCCCCGACUGGUUUACCAGUAUACAUACAGUUCUGACGGCACCCUGCACGGCUUUGUUAACCACACUCUGUCUGUUUUCAAAGUCAGUGACUUUGAGCCAGGCACUGAGCCCCUAGUCCCCAAACACUUGGGCUACAAUGUAGAGACUUGCAGAUAUAAGGACUACAGGGAACCACCGUGGUCCAAAACCCCCUACGAGCUUUCCAAGGAGUUCUGGUCCAUUCUAGCAGUCCGCCUGGCCUUUGUCAUCGUGUUUCAGAACGUGGUGAUGCUCAUGAGUGACUUUGUGGACUGGCUGAUCCCAGAUAUUCCCAAAGACAUCAGCCUGCAGAUCCACAAAGAGAAAAUCCACAUGAUGGAGCUUUUUAUGAAGGAGGAGCAGGGUAAAAGGCGUGCAGCCCGCGACACCCGCAGCAUGUAUAAAUGCAACAGUCCGCCCUCAGCUGGUCAGAGCCCACCGCAGCCGCGCUCACGGCCCAAUACCCAUGCUAGAGCUGGCUGGUAAAUGUUCACCUUCAAAGUCUGCAGUCAUCAACAGAGCAUUUACACUCUUCUCUCUCUUGAUGAACAAAAAACAUCCCAUCAUGCUCAGUCUGAUCAAAUGAGAUUUUCAGCACAUACUUUGAAGCAACAUUCCUCCUUCAAAGUAAGAUUUGACUCAAACCUUUCCCCAAAACUCAACGUCUUUUAUCUAACAAGCUGAAGUUUGUUGAAGGAGGCUGUGCCAGACUCCACGUACGGCCUUAUGUGAACCUGACGUAAACAUUGGACCUCGGCACCGACCCCCCUCUGCCAUCAGGGCAGCUGAAGCAGGACCACCUUCAUGAUUCCGUCCAGAAGAUCCUCCGGAUGCUUUUUAUUUGAACAAAUGUGAUGAGGAAAGCUUUUAAAGGCUUCUUUAUAUGUGUAGCUGCAGGAAUUUGCUGAUGCUUGACAGUAUUUGGCCCUCGCUCUUUGUCUUUGUGACAGAUGUGCUGUAAAGAACUGCUGUUGGGAGAUGUGUCUGCUGCACUCUGUGGGUCUGUGUGUUUGGUUUGGUUUGGAUCUGACAUUCUCAGUGGAACACAAGCCGCAGUUCAUCCAAGCUGAAUUCCUGAAAGGAUGUGUGCUCUUGUGUUCCACUACAGCAUUAGGUGAACGUCACACACUGAAAGGAAGACGUUUGUGUCUUCUUUUUCUAUGUGGGUAUAGAGGAACACUUCUGCAUUAGUUUAAGAAUAUCUUAUAAAUAGUUAGAGAGCCAUUCUUGCUUAGAUUUUUCUCCUGUAACUUGUGUUAGUAUCUGCAGUAGAUAGUUCUUUCAUUAAUGCACAAUCUAGACACUGAGAGAAAAAAAGCCAGCAUGAGUUUUGCACUUCAACACUAAAGUCCUCUGAUGCUGAGAACUAUUUCAUCCAAGCACAACUUUUAGAUCCAAGCGCUUCAACAUCAUGUCUUUUAUAAUCUAUGACAUUUAUUUUGUAAAAUCUAGAUUAAAAUAAAAUUGUUUUAGUCAAACAUUUUGUCAUUUUUAAAAUGUACUUUAUCCACAGUCAGAAAUAAAAAAAAAUACUUCCAACAUGGAGGAAUUUUGUUUCUGAAAACUGCAGUUCGGCAAACCAAAAAGUUCCUUUGUGCCCAUAUGAAGACAAAAAACUAAAACUUUGACUUCAGGUUUUAAAAGCAAACAUGAGUUUUUUUAUACAAGACUUUCUUACCAUAUUUUCCAGCCAUGUCUCUUUUUUAUCUUGUAAAAGUUUGCUCAGUUGUGUAGAAGUAGAAUGUCAUGAUUCAUUUUGAUAAACUACAGCUGGUGGCCUCCAUGAUCACAUGACACUUGAUGGAGUGACAGCUUCUUGAACUCAGUGUUUCUGUCUUGAAUGUUUGAUCAGCAGAUAUUUGUUAAAACAGGAGCUCAGUGUCAGCUGGAUAACACAGCAGCACCCUUCCUACCUUUAACCCAGGAAUCAAGCCAUGACAUGAUCUUUACCCAGAAAAUAGAAACAUCCGUGAAGCAGAUUUGCUCCGAUGUUUUCCGUCCAGUGAACCCUGGCAAAGAAGAUCUGUUUCUGCAUCAUCUCUCGUCUUUAUAUCGUCUUUGACUGAAUAGUUUUUCUCUUCCACUGUAUUCAUCAACCUACAAAACUGUACAAAUGUAUAUGUGAGAGACUGGAUUCCCACUUCUACUGCUGACUGAACAAACCCAAGGUCACAUGACCCAGAAUUGAAGACCUCAAACUGAUCAAACUGAAUUUUUUUCUUUUAAUGAGUGAUGUUUGUUGGUGUUUUGAAAUGUUUGAUAUGUUUUUAUUUUUUAUUUUGUUCUCGUAUAUGUCAUUUGAAGGGCCUCUUUGACCCCACUGCACCUUCAUGCAUCAGGAUGAAACGCUAAAGAAAACAAAAGCUUUUCUGGUUAAAAUGGGAAUUUUUCAGAAAGAUGAAAGAAUUAAGAAGUACAUAUUUUGCGUAUCAAAUAAGAUAGAUAAGAAGCUUUUUGUGUCUCUUCUUAUUAAAAAUGGUCAUUGUGGCGAUUAGAUUUAAGGGGAAUGUUUUCAUAAAUGUGAGUCUUUCCCUGCCAUGAAACUGAUGUCCUCUGUUAGUCUUUGGGCGUGCCGUCACAUGUGUAGACCCUUGCUUUUGUCUGCUUCCUUGUUGUUAAAUAUUUUUACUGCUUUUUUUUAGUUUUUCCUGUUGAUGUGUGUAUAUGCAGUCACACAUUAUUAGCCUUUCAUGUCGUCUUUUUAAUGUGUUUUUCUGCAAAGAAAUAAACAGUGAAUUGCUCUAAAAGUGA